AAUCAGGAAGGGCACAACCACGUUGCCAGCAGCCUCCACUUGCUCCACCCCUCCCGCCGCCGGGCGAGCCGCGCGUCGGCUCCCCGUCUCUCUCAGACCGCCGGGAGGGCCCCGCUCGCCAGGGACCAUGUUCGCCCUUCGCGCCCGCUUCCUCCUGUGGCAGUGGGAGGGGGGCACACGUAGAGCGCUGUGUGGCGGCUGCGGGGAGGAGCGAGGAGCAGAGGCCGCGGCGGCGAGGUUUUGGUGGUGGUGCGUCGGCAGGAGGUGGACUUCGGCGUCGGCCAAGGGGGAGAUGGAGAGCACGCUCAAGGGGAUACGGGGCGGCGGCGCGCCGUGCGUGCUGGACAUGGACGACGCGGCCACGGUGGGAGGCGGCGUCGGGGACACCUACGGCGAGGACCGCGCCACCGAGGAGCAGUUCGUCACGCCCUGGACCGUCUCCGUCGCCAGCGGUUACAAUUUGCUGAGGGAUCCCCGCUACAACAAGGGGCUUGCCUUCACAGAGAGGGAGCGGGAGACACACUACCUCCGUGGCCUUCUGCCACCAGCAAUAGUAUCCCAGGAGCUUCAGGAGAGAAAGAUCAUGAACAAUAUCAGACAAUACCAGUUGCCUUUGCAGCGCUACAUGGCUAUGAUGGACCUUCAGGAGGGGAAUGAGAGGCUCUUCUACAAGCUGCUCAUUGACAAUGUCGAGGAGUUGCUUCCUAUUGUGUACACACCAACUGUUGGUGAGGCUUGCCAAAAGUAUGGUUCCAUAUUUAGUCGUCCUCAGGGUCUUUAUAUCAGCUUGAAGGAGAAGGGAAAGAUUCUUGAGGUGCUGAAGAACUGGCCAGAGAGGAGCAUUCAAGUUAUUGUUGUUACUGAUGGUGAACGGAUUUUGGGGCUUGGAGAUCUUGGGUGUCAGGGAAUGGGGAUUCCUGUUGGUAAGCUUGCCCUUUACACUGCCCUGGGAGGAGUUCGUCCAUCUGCUUGUUUGCCAAUCACAUUGGAUGUUGGCACAAAUAAUGAGGAGUUGCUGAAUGACGAGUUUUACAUUGGCUUGAGGCAAAGGAGGGCCACCGGCCAGGAAUAUGCAGAUUUUCUGCACGAAUUUAUGUCUGCUGUGAAGCAAAACUACGGGGAGAAAGUACUCAUCCAGUUUGAAGAUUUUGCCAACCAUAAUGCUUUUGAACUCCUUGCAAGAUACGGCACAACUCACCUUGUAUUCAAUGAUGAUAUUCAGGGAACAGCUUCCGUGGUCCUUGCUGGGCUUGUUGCAGCACAAAAAUUAGUUGGUGGAACAUUGGCAGAUCACACUUACCUUUUCUUGGGGGCUGGAGAGGCUGGGACAGGUAUUGCUGAACUUAUAGCUCUUGAGAUAUCAAGACAGACAAAGGCUCCUAUAGAAGAGUGCCGCAAGAAGAUUUGGCUUGUUGAUUCAAAGGGCUUGAUUGUCGGUUCACGGAAGGAGUCCCUUCAACACUUCAAGAAACCAUGGGCUCAUGAGCAUGAACCAGUCGGCAACCUCUUAGAUGCUGUCAAUGCUAUCAAACCAACAGUGUUGAUUGGCACAUCUGGAAAGGGGCAGACUUUCACACAGGACGUUGUUGAAGCCAUUUCCUCAUAUAAUGAGAGACCGAUCAUUCUUGCCCUGUCCAACCCGACAUCACAGUCUGAAUGCACUGCUGAGCAAGCUUACACAUGGAGCAAGGGUCGAGCAGUGUUUGCAACUGGGAGUCCAUUUGAUCCAGUGGAGUACAAUGGCAAGAUACAUGUUCCCGGACAGGCAAACAAUGCGUAUAUCUUCCCAGGGUUCGGCCUUGGUGUGGUGAUGUCUGGGGCAAUCCGCGUCCAUGAUGACAUGCUUCUGGCAUCCUCGGAGGCUCUGGCUCAGCAGGUCACAGAAGAGAAUUUUCAAAAGGGGCUCAUUUAUCCUCCCUUCUCAAACAUCAGAAAAAUCUCUGCCCACAUUGCAGCCAACGUUGCAGCAAAGGCUUACGAACUUGGUUUGGCAAGUAGGCGCCCUCGACCGAAGGACCUGGUGAAAUAUGCAGAGAGCUGCAUGUACAGCCCCAUUUACCGCAAUUACCGGUGAUUUCGAAACAAUUCCAGUCAUGUACAACCAUGAACCAUCUACUGCAAAACUUCGUUAAGAUAAGAACACUACCCGGUUCAAUCGUGCAUGCUGUAACUAAGCUAUUUCUAGCGGAGCUUGUUCGUGCAUGUUUUUUCCGUUUAUGUACGUGUUUCAUGUUGAUGAAGAUUUAAUAAUUAAUGAUUAAAGAUUUACCAGAAA